AAGGCUGGGAAAGUGAUCGGGAUACGGACCUGUUAUAUCCGACUAGCCAGCUAGCUAGCAAUAUGUCGUUUCGAAAUCCCGCAAGGUGUCCAAAUCACCAGUUUAGUAAACCCUCAUCUUCUCGUAUUCAACCCCGAAUGGCCAUCUCUAAGCAGAGUUAGGCAGCAACAAUCCAAUCCUCCUCACCAGACUGGACCAUCAUCCGAGUGACAACAUAUGACUUCACAGUCUUUUUGACAACAUCCGCAUCGCCCAAACAUACCCCCCAGUCUUCUCCGUCUCGAUCAGAAUUGCCCCGAAGCACCCGAAAGUACCCGCCCUAUUCCUCUCUCCUCUCCAGAAGGUUCCUCCAAAAGCACAUCCGUCACGGUUGUCUCCCCCGCUACCAACCAACUCCAAAGAAGGAAGAAGCUACCUCACCACCGCCUCACAAACUCCCCAUUUCGUCUCCCGCCGCCCACGAGACCCUUGACGUGCGGCUCCAGGCCCACGGUUGUGGACUCAGCGUUGGGCCCCAUGACCUGCCAUACAGCCAAAAGCGAUUACAUACGAAGGGGUGGGGGGGGGGCAUGGACUUCCUGUGCGAGUUCGCUAGGAGGACCCUUUCUGGUUCUUCUUUCCCUGCCAACUCUCGUGCAGGAUUGAAGUACAGUACCGGUAGAUUGGCCCGUCGAAUGGGACGUUAUAUACGGCUCUGGCAUCCACCUUCCGCACUAGGGCACUAGAGGGGUGUUGUGAAGGGCAUCGAGGUAGAUUAGAUGGCCUUCCCGGAUAUGGAUGCAUGAUAAAUCGAACCCAUUAUCAGCACUCACUCCGCUUCCAAGCACAAACCUCAGGAAUAGAAGGAAAAAAGGAAAGAAAAACAAAACUUACGCACCUUCAAGUCCCCUCACAAGCACAAUUCUCUUUCCGCAAUGCACAAAUUGACUUCGUCACCCACCACCCCCUUCAUGGGAAGCUCGUAUAA